GAUUGGUCCACAGCGCAGGCGCGGUGACCAAUGAGCACAUUCUCGGUGAGCGGCGAGGGCAAUAUGGCUUCCUGCACCUGGUGACGGUUGAGGAAAUUGACUUUGGUAUCAUGGAGAAAUCGCGGGGCACUGAGGAGACGCCAUCUUCAGAGCCAAUGGACGAAGAGGAGGAGGACGACUUGGACCUCUUCGGGGGCUACGAUAGCUUCCGGAGUUACAACAGCAGUGCAGGCAGUGAGGGCAGCUCCUACCUGGAGGAGUCAAGUGAAGCCGAAACUGAAGACCGGGAAGCGGGGGAGCUUCCCACCUCCCCGCUGCAUCUGCUCAGCCCUGGCAAUAACCGCUCCUUGGAUGGCAGUGGUUCCGAGCCAGCGGUCUGUGAGAUGUGUGGUAUCGUGGGCACAAGAGAAGCUUUCUUCUCCAAGACCAAGAGGUUCUGCAGCGUCUCCUGUUCCAGAAGCUACUCCUCCAACUCCAAGAAAGCCAGUAUCCUGGCUAGACUGCAGGGGAAGCCGCCCACCAAGAAAGCCAAAGUGCUGCACAAGGCAGCCUGGUCUGCCAAAAUCGGAGCCUUCCUCCACGCCCAGGGGACAGGACAGCUAGCAGAUGGGACACCCACAGGACAAGAUGCUCUGGUCUUAGGGUUCGACUGGGGGAAGUUCCUGAAGGACCACAGUUACAAGGCUGCUCCUGUCAGCUGCUUUAAACACGUGCCCCUCUAUGACCAGUGGGAAGACGUCAUGAAGGGGAUGAAGGUGGAAGUCCUCAAUAGUGACGCCGUGCUCCCCAGCCGGGUGUACUGGAUUGCCUCUGUCAUCCAGGCAGCUGGGUACCGAGUGCUGCUCCGAUAUGAAGGCUUUGAAAGCGAUGCUAGUCAUGACUUCUGGUGCAACCUCGGGACUGUGGAUGUCCACCCCAUUGGCUGGUGCGCCAUCAACAGCAAGAUCCUGGUGCCGCCGCGGACCAUCCAUGUCAAGUUUACUGACUGGAAGACCUACCUCAUGAAGCGGUUGGUGGGCUCCAGGACGCUUCCUGCAGAUUUUCACAUCAAGAUGGUGGAAAGCAUGAAGUACCCCUUUCGGCAAGGCAUGCGCCUAGAGGUCGUGGACAAGACCCAGGUGUCGCGGACCCGCAUGGCUGUGGUGGACACGGUAAUUGGGGGACGCCUCCGGCUCCUCUAUGAGGAUGGUGACAGUGAUGAUGACUUCUGGUGCCAUAUGUGGAGUCCCCUGAUCCACCCAGUAGGUUGGUCACGGCGUGUCGGCCAUGGCAUCAAGAUGUCAGAGAGACGAUGUGAUAUGUCCCAUCACCCCACCUUCCGGAAAAUCUACUGUGACGCUGUUCCUUACCUCUUCAAGAAGGUGCGGGCUGUCUACACAGAAGGUGGCUGGUUUGAGGAAGGGAUGAAACUAGAAGCCAUUGACCCUCUGAAUCUGGGCAACAUCUGUGUGGCAACCAUCUGCAAGGUCCUCUUGGAUGGUUACCUGAUGAUCUGUGUGGAUGGGGGACCCUCCACAGAUGGCUCAGACUGGUUCUGCUACCAUGCCUCCUCCCAUGCCAUCUUCCCAGCCACCUUCUGCCAGAAGAAUGACAUUGAGCUCACGCCUCCAAAAGGGUAUGAGGCUCAGCCUUUCGACUGGGAUACCUACUUGGAGAAGACCAAGUCGAAGGCGGCUCCUGCACGACUCUUUAACAUGGACUGCCCCAACCAUGGCUUCAAAGUGGGCAUGAAGCUGGAGGCUGUGGACUUGAUGGAGCCGCGGCUCAUCUGUGUGGCCACUGUGAAGCGGGUGGUGCACCGGCUGCUCAGCAUUCACUUCGACGGCUGGGACAACGAGUAUGAUCAGUGGGUGGACUGUGAAUCCCCCGACAUCUACCCUGUGGGCUGGUGUGAACUCACCGGCUACCAGCUCCAGCCGCCAGUGUCUGCAGAACCAAACACACCUCUGAAGGGCAAAGAGGCCACAAAGAAGAAAAAGAAACAAUUUGGGAAGAAAAGGAAAAGGAUCCCAUCAGCCAAGACACGGCCCAUCAGACAGGGAUCCAAGAAGCCCUUCCUGGAGGAUGACCUGCAGGCUUUGGGGGUCUCGUCGGAGCCCAUUUCCGAUGACAUUAUUGCUGUGUGCGUGAAGGAGGAGCAUCAAGACCUCUCUUCGCCUGACCGGUCACCUAGUCCACAGCUGCCUCUCCCCAUCGAGCGCAUCAAGCAGGAGAGGGACAACUGAGCCUCUUCCCUGGUGUCCUCCUGGACCCUUGCUGAAGCCAGGCCUGGCCAUGGAGCAGAGAGGAGGCCCGGCUUUACUGCUGUGCAGUGAAUGGACAGCCUGGUUUUCUAGGGCCCACCUCUGCGCACUGGCCAGGCUUACAGACUGGGCAGCUUGAGUUCUAAGCUGGCAGACUCUCUGCACCCUCAGCACACUGGAAAACUGGACUGAUCCACAUGUGUCUACCCAGGCAAGUGGUGGAAGUGAAGUUAGGGAGCAGCUGUGAGUGGGCAGCCCUGGUGGGCACUGGGUGUGAACAGAGCCACCUCUGCCUAAAACAGAUUGAGGGCCUUGUGCCUCCUGGGGGCACCCUGCACUGCCUUCUGCCCUAGGGCCCCACUGUGGCCGGUAAUUGAGAAGUGACCAUGGUAGUAGGUUUGGAUGACUUGUGAGUGGCCUUGACCUCAGGGUCAGUGGGAACACCGACUCACGUUCUUAACGGAACAGUUGGGAUUACUUGCAGGGACCUGUGCUCCCAGGCCAGGCUACUUGCUACAGGUAUAGGAUGAGACAGCAGCUUGGCCCUGGGGAUCCCGCCUGAGUUAUGCUUCUCGAGAGCUGAGCUGGGACCUGACAUUUCCAUGUAACUGCACAGCUUGCUGUCUUAACAUCGAGUUUGAUCUGUUGUUUUUCCCAGUCACAAACUUUUUGUUGUGGGUUUUUUUGUUUUUGUUUUUGGAGACAGGGUCUUUCUAUGUAGACCAGGCAGGUCUCAAACUCACAGAUCCACUUACCUCUGUCUCCUGAGUGUGCACCGGGCCCUAGUUAGACACUCUUGACACUGGUCACCUAACCCUUCAGUAACAUCCGGGAAACCGGUGGGGCUCCUGCAGGCGGCCCUUUCUGAUUCUCUGUGUUUUGGAGAAGCAGCGUGGCCCGUGGCUCCGUGUCCGGUUGUGGCUGUGCUCAGUCUGCGCCAUCAUCCUGAGAUGUGCUAAAUGGCUUUGCUCAGGACCCAGACUGGGUACAUCCCUGAGUGAUCAGGCUACAUAGUCUGGGCGGGUUCAGAGAGAACUCAGUCCUGGCUCACCUGCUAAAGACAGCCUACCCCGUGCAGAGCCUAGGCCAUGAAAGAGGCCUCAGUCACAGCCUGAUUUCCUCAAAGGGUAAAUAGGUUCAGAAGUAGAUGGAAGACCACAGCAAAAGGCAGGUUCGAUUCUAAGCACCUGUAACUUGAACUCCAGGGGGAGCCUGCGCCUCUGGUUUCCAUGGGUACAAAUGUGCACAUCAACAUGUAAUUAAAAAUAAAAUCGUUCAAAAAAAAGAGAAAGAAUCAGGUGAGUGGACAUCAACCCCAGGUGAAGAGGCUAGGAGGAAGAUGGCCUGAGUGUGCCCGUAGGUGUCUGGAGCACAAGACCCCCGACAAGAGGGUGGAUGUUUGGCUUUCAUUCUAGGCCUGACUUGGCCUUCCUAGACUCCCUGUCCUUUUCACAGAUGAGCAGAUUGAGCUAUGGUGAUCAUUGGUGAAGCGUCAGAGGCUGGGCUGCCUAAACCUUAGGCUUGAGUCCAGAUUAUUGCUGUUCUAUUAAGACAACAAAAAAGGUCUCGUAUAGUCCAGGCUGACCUUCAUUCUGACCUUUCACCUCCUGAGUGCUGGACCUACAGAUGUGUGCACCACACCUGUAUGAGACAAGGCCCUUGCUGCACCUUGCAGAGUCUGUUCUUAAGUGUGAAGACAGGUACCACACAAGGGACAAGCAAGAAAGACUGCCCUCUGUCUCCACAGCAACCAUUCCUGUAUUGUCAUUGGUGCUUCUGGGAGCUCACCUGUCCCUUGUUCCAACCCUGGCACAAAGCUAGAGCAUUAGUGUUAAUGAAAUGAAGAAAUGCACGUAACUUAACAUCUCACUAUAUAGCUCAGGCUGGCCUUGAACUUAACCAUGCCUCGGUUCCCAAAGUUAUGGGACAAGGUCUCCCUCCCCCCCACCCCACGCCCCCCUACACACAGGGUUUCUCUGUGUAACAGUCCUGGCUGUCCUGGAAUUCGCUUUGUAGACCAGGCUGGCCUUGAACUUGCAGAGAUCACCUGCCUCUGACUCCCAAGUGCUGGGACUAAAGGCGUGCGCCACCACACCUGGCGGGUUGCUGGCUAGCGUCAUCCUAAAGUUCCUUCCACACACCCCACUUCAUCCACUGGAGGCUUUGCAGUGACCACUAGACCAAAUCUCAACACUUCUGCUCAACCUUCCUGGAGACCCAGUCUUCAAUCCUUUGAGAGAAGGAGAGAGCGCCUCCUAUGCUAGAUGCUAGGCUACAGAUUGUAGAUAGCUAAUUCAUUUCUGUGGCUGCCCUUGUGAGGUGCAUCCUGGCUUUAUUUACAGAUGGGAAAAAGGAAGGCUCAUAAGAUAUACAUUGGUAGCUUAAAUAUACAGGGUAGAUGUCAGCAAUGGGAGUGAGCCGAGGUUGGUUUGCCAAGUUACUGGUAUCGUUACUGGUACACUCUUUAGUAACCCUUCAUGUGCCACACACCAAGCUUGAUGGACUUCAUGCCGAGUGCAAGAGCACAGCAGCUGUGGUCCAGCCUUCCUCCUGGCACUGGAGCCCCAGGGGGCAUACAGACAAUGAGCUGGACUCUGGAGUAUGAGCUCUCAAGAGUCCACCUCCAGCCAGCAUGCACUAGGAAGGGCUGUGGUGUGGACCAGCAGGACAGUUAAGCAGGGUAAAGGCACUUGCCACAAAGCUAAGGACCUGAGUGAUCCCUGGAACCCAGAUAAGUGAAGAAAAUGACUCCCUUGGAUUGGCUCAGACCUUGUGCACACCAUGACACACGUACCUGCACACACAUAAAUAUGGAAGUAUAUGUAAAUAAGGGAUGGCUUCGAGAGGAGUGGGGGCCUCUUAGGCUAUUUGAUCCAUUUUGAUUUCAUGGAGAUAAUCUCAUGUAGCCCAAGGUGACCUUCACUUUAUCCCCUUGCCUCCUCCCAAGUACUAGGAUUCCAAUCACUUGUCAGCACCUCACUGUUUCACCCAUUUCUAGUGCUGGCAUCUGGGUUCUAGGCUACUUAGAUGUAACUGUUGACCAACACAAGCCUGGAGGAAGGGUGAUGCCAGCGAGUGUCAAUGGUGUGAUUGUGCUUCUGUCCCUAGAACGAGCUCCAAGUCUGGCUCCUCAGGAGGAUUUGUAUCCUGCAGCUUGAGAUCUUGCUUUUCUUUGUGUGUGCACACACUUACAUCCAUGUGUGUAAAUCAGAGGACAGCCUCGGGUGCCAGUCCCCGCCUUCCACCUAGAGAGAACUUCUGCCUGCCUCCCCCCCACCUCACCUCUAUCUCACGCACCCCCAUCUCAUUUGAAUGCUGGUGGAAGCCAGAGCAGUGUUAGGUCCCCUGGAGCUGGGAUUGCAAACCUUUGUGAGCCAGUCCACAUGGGUAAUGGGAAUCAAACUCGGGUUCUUCACAAGAGCAGUACAUGCACUUAGCAUCUCUCUAGGGUCUCUGCUGUUUGCUGUGAGCCCAGGCUAGCUGGCUCGAGUCUCUCCCUCAGGAGCGCUGGGAUUACAGAUGUUUAUGCUGUGUGUCUGAGAAUUCAAGCCCAGGCCCUCGGGCUUGUGUGCUGAGUGCUUUACCCACUGAGGCAGAAGUGAACCCCAGCCCCAUAGUGAGGCGUCUCUUCUUCAUUCUAAACCUGCCUCCAAGAGAACAGUUUGUGCUCUAAAUUGUGUUUCCUGGAAGGUAAUUGAACUCCCAGUAACUCAGAAUCUGACCGCUUGGAAUUAAGGUCUUCGUAGAGGUAAUAAAAUUGAAAGGUUAUAUGUUGAGCUGCCCUCCUUAUGAGGAGAGAGAUGUGUACGGAAUGAUAUACUGAGGGAAGCCGGUAUGAAGAGAAACAUACCAUACUGAAAGAGGCAGAUUGGGAUUAGAAAAUGUCACAGACCACCACUGGCCAGAAGCAACAAGACAGGAGCCUUGAUUUCCAACCUCAGAGCUCCAGAACAGGCACAUUUCUAUUGCUACCCAGUUUGUGGUCCACUCAUAGCAACCUCGGGGAACUAAUGUAAACACCAUGUAAUUGCCUCAAGUCUUCAGACUCAGAGCUGGGGGAGGCACAGCUUUCUCCCCGCUUCCCAGCACCUGGUUUCUCUGCCCAUUUCCCUCUAUGACACCCGCUUCCCAGCACCCGGUUUCUCUGCCCAUUUCCCUCUAUGACACCCGCUUCCCAGCACCCGGUUUCUCUGCCCAUUUCCCUCUAUGACACCCGCUUCCCAGCACCCGGUUUCUCUGCCCAUUUCCCUCUAUGACACAGUCUCCUCCCUUUGGACUCCACACUUGGCCUCAUCUGUCUGCACCAGGAGCUCCUACAUGUAGGGGCUCACCUUGCAGCUGCCUGCAGCCUGCUCAGGCUUCCUUCACUGAUACAUCAAGACAGCUACAAGUCCAGAGGGUGAGCCUUCUGCAGGUCAGAGACUGGGAACGAGACGCAGAGUUGGAGAGAAAAACGCACAGACCUCUUUUCUGAGGGACAGAAGUGUCUUUAGUCUUCUUGUCCUUGUUUCACUCUGUUCUUUCUGGGUCUGUUCUCCACCCUGGUGUUUCCCUUCUUCCCCUGCUUUCCUGAUGACUGCUACCCUACUUCCUGAUGUCUUCCUUUUACAUCUUUCCUUCUCCAUCUCUCCUGGUGUUUUCCUUCUCUUUUGUUUUUUUUUUCCUUACAACUUAUAUACCCAGCAAAAUCUCCCAAGAAUAUAAAAAUUACAAUGUGGUUA